AUGUCCCCACCUCGCAAAGGGACAAAUGAGGCCCAGAGAGACGGGGCGAAUGUCAGCGUUUCUUCAGACAUUCCUGGUCUUGUGGCCAAGCUGGCCCGGAGUUACGAAAGCACAGUGGUCGGCACGGGCGGGGACGAGGGGACCCGGGGAGAUGGGCUGCAGUUAAGUGUGCUGCUGCUGCUGCUGUGCCCCCCACCUGCCCCUGGCUUGGAAGACCCCCCCUUCCCCCACCCCGGGGAGAGCACGCAGCCCCCACCCCGGACCUGUCCCUGGCGCUGCUCCUGUCCCCGGGCGGACACGGUGGACUGCGCCGGCCUGGACCUCCGGCUGUUCCCAGACAACAUCACCAGGGCUGCUAGGUACCUCAACCUGCAGAACAACCAGCUCCAGCAGCUGCCUUACAACGCCCUGUCCCGCCUGGGCCGCCUGCACACGCUGGACCUGCACGGCAACCUCCUCAACUCCGAGGGCCUGCCUGAUGAGGCCUUCGAAUCACUCACCCAACUCCAACACAUCUAUGUGGCCCACAACAAGCUCUCAGUGGCUCCCCAGUUCUUGCCCCCUACCCUGCGGGUCGCAGACCUGGCUGCCAAUCAACUGGUGGAGAUUUUCCCGCUCACUUUUGGGGAGAAGCCGGCCCUCAGGUCAGUGUAUCUACACAAUAACCAGCUGAGCAACGCCGGCCUGCCGCCCGAUGCCUUCCGGGGCUCGGAGGCCAUGGCCAUCCUCAGCCUCUCCAGCAACCGGCUCAGCUACCUGCCGCCCAGCCUGCCCGCCUCGCUGGAGCGUCUUCAUCUACAGCUGCGCGUGCUGCUCCUGCCCCGCAACCAGCUGCGGGCCCUGGAGCCCGAGCCGCUGGCCGGCCUGGCCCAGCUGCGGGAGCUCAGCCUCGCACACAACGGGCUCCGCCUCGGGGACAUCGGGCCGGGCACCUGGCACGAGCUGCCGGCACUGCAGGUGCUGGACCUGAGCCACAACGCGCUGUCCUUUGUGCCCCCGGACCUGCCCGAGGCACUGGAGGAGCUGCACCUGCAGGGCAACCGUAUUGGCCACGUGGGCCCCGAGGCCUUCCUGAGCACGCCGCGCCUGCGCACCCUCUUCCUCAGAGACAACAGGCUGCACCUGACCAGCAUCUCGGCCGAGGCCUUUGUGGGGCUCAGGCACCUGCGCGUGGUGGACACGGCGGGGAACCCGGAGCACGUCCUGGUCCGGAUACCGCCCUCGGCCCCACGCCAGCCGCGCGCAGCGCGCUCCCGACGCCCCGGGCCACCAGGGAGCAGCACCGAUGACCCAGCCUCCUUGUGAACCCCAAACUUCCAGGGCCACCCACAGGCAACAGGAUGACAAAUGCAGCCGGGCACCCGAGGCUCACGCCUGUCA